AUGGAGCUGAAAAGACUGGAGGAGAAGAGGAUUCAGGAGGAGGCGGAGCAAUUGAGAAGAAAAACCGAGGAGCAAAAGAAGGUUUUCAAGAAGGCGUACGAAGAGUUCGAGCGGUCCCUUCAAGACUCGGAAUCCCUUCAAAAAGAGGUGGAGACUGUGCUAAGUGAUUAUCGGAAGGCGAAGAAUCAUUUCAAGAUUAAAGUACAAUUCGAGUCCAACGAUUUCAUUGCGACACAACAGAUUGAGAAUACGCAAUUCUCCGCGGCGGCCGACCGCAUCCGAUCUUCUGAAAUCCAGCUGUUCAAAAUGGAGGGCGAAUUGGAGAAGACUAAACAGAUCCGUGACGACUACAUACGUGACUUGAACCAGAGUUGGUAUACUCGGUUGUGGAGAUUUUUGUAUUGA